AUGUUACUUCUGUCAUACCUGUAUCUGUACAUAACCUGGAGCUCCUCAGUCUCCUUCCCCGACACCACCGGUCCUGACCUGGCACACGGCUCAGGAUCAUGCAAGCUCCAAGGGCACUUCAAGCUAAACGGGGUGCGCCAGAGUGGGGACCUGAUUCUCGGCGGUCUGUUCGAGGUCCAUUUCCUCACUGUGUUCCCAGAUCUGAGCUUCACAAGCAGGCCAGAGGAACCUUACUGUGAACAGUUCGACAUGGCGAGUUUCCAGCAGGCGCAGACCAUGGUUUUCGCCAUCGACGAGAUCAACAGGAAUCCGAAACUGCUCCCGAACGUCACCCUGGGCUACCACCUGUACGACAACUGCGUAAAACUUGCGGUGGCGUUCCGUGCCGCCACGGCCCUGAUCAGCGGUACUGACCAGAUCGUUCCGAACGUGGACUGCGAUGAUUCUCCACCAGUGAUUGGGAUCGUCGGAGACCCGGGGUCCACUCACUCUAUUGCCAUCUCUAGCGUGUUGGGGCUGUUCCGGGUGCCCAUGGUGAGUUAUUUCGCCACGUGUGCCUGUCUCAGUGAUCGUCAGCAGUACCCAUCCUUCUUCAGGACCAUCCCCAGCGAUGCCUUCCAGGUGCACGCCAUCAUCCAGAUCCUAAAACGCUUCGGCUGGACUUGGGUCGGCCUGGUGUACAGCAACGAUGACUACGGGAUCGACGCCGCCCUGUCCUUCCACCAGGACAUCCGGGAGAAGCUGGGCGGCUGCGUGGCGUACUCGGAGAUCCUGCCGCGAGACAACAACCGCAGAGACAUAGGGCGUAUCGUCGGCGUGAUCAGAGACUCCACGUCCAAAGUGGUGGUGGUGAUCUCCACUGAGGCUUAUCUGCUGCCGCUGAUGGAUGAAAUAUCGAUGAGGAACGUGACCGGAAAGCAGUGGAUCGCCAGCGAGGCCUGGGCCACCUCGCCCGUCUUUCUAACGCAGCGCAUGCUGCCCGUCCUGGGUGGUACUCUGGGCAUCGCUAUCCGUCGUGGAGAAAUCGAAGGACUUCGGGAGUUUCUUCUGCACCUGCGUCCGGACACGGAACCGUCCAACAACAUGGUGCGAAUCUUCUGGGAGAAGAUGUUCGGCUGCAGAUUCGAUCCCGGAGAAACCCAGGCCACAGGGGAAGUGGACACGACGCUGUGUACGGGGGAGGAGGACCUGAAUAGCACAAACACGGCGUACAGCGACAUGUCCGAACUCAGGGCUUCAUACAAUGUGUAUAAGGCUGUGUAUGCACUGGCGCAUGCCCUGCAUGACUUAAUGCAAUGUGAGGAGGGCAAAGGGCCGUUUAGUAACCACAGCUGUGCCAACAUAUCGACCCUGCAGCCCUGGCAGGUCGUUCAUUACCUCCAGAGAGUAAAUUUCAGCACUGGCUUCGGGGACCGUGUAUCUUUCGACAAGAACGGCGACCCCCUGGCUGUGUACGAUGUCAUGAGCUGGCAGCCGAAGCCGGACGGGUCCAUCAGGGUCCGUACGGUCGGCGUGGUGUACGAGGCCGCCCCGGCGGGACACGUCCUCACGCUCAACGAAGACGCUCUGUUCUGGAACUUUGAGACGAAAAAACCACCCAGGUCUGUGUGCAGUGAGAGCUGCCCCCCGGGUACCAGGAAAGCCAGGAGGAAGGGCGUGCCCAUCUGUUGUUUUGACUGCCUACCCUGCGCAGACGGAGAGAUCAGCAACACAACAGAUUCGUACGAGUGCACUGCAUGUGCGGACGAGUUCUGGUCCAGUCCAGAAAAGGACCGCUGCAUCCCUAAAGAGGUGGAGUUCCUGUCCUAUCAAGACCCGCUGGGCAUCUCCCUGACCGCUGCGUCCCUGUUCGGCUCCUGCUUCUGCGCGGGGGUCCUUUUCGUCUUCGUGCAUCACCGCCACACCCCGGUGGUCCGGGCCAACAACUCGGAACUGAGCUUUCUUCUUCUGCUGUCGCUGAAACUCUGCUUCCUGUGCGCUCUGCUGUUCAUCGGUCAGCCACAGACGUGGACGUGUCAGCUGAGGCACGUGGCCUUCGGGAUCAGCUUCGCGCUCAGUGUCUCCAGCAUCCUGGUCAAAACCAUGGUGGUGGUGGCAGUCUUCAAGUCCUCUCGACCCGAAGGACAGAAUGCUCUGAAGUGGUUUGGCAUCGCCCAACAGAGAGGAACAGUUCUGGUUCUUACAGCCCUUCAGGUGGUCAUCUGUACAGUCUGGCUGGCCACAUCAUCUCCCAAACCCUACAAAAACACCCGCUACAUCAGCUCAAAGAUAGUCUACGAGUGUGCCGUGGGUUCGGUGAUGGGCUUCGCGACUCUGUUAGGCUACAUCGGCCUGCUGGCUGCCGUGAGCUUCCUGCUCGCUUUUCUGGCCCGGAACCUUCCAGAUAACUUCAACGAGGCCAAAUUCAUCACCUUUAGCAUGCUGAUCUUCUGCGCCGUGUGGAUCACCUUUGUACCAGCAUACGUCAGCUCUCCCGGAAAAUACUCUGUUGCCGUAGAGGUUUUCGCCAUCCUGGCUUCUAGUUUUGGUCUCCUGGUGGCUAUAUUCGCCCCAAAGUGUUACAUUAUCCUCCUGCACCCCGAACGGAACACCAAAAAGGCCAUCAUGGGACGAGCAGCGCAAAAGAAAUAG